AUGCAAGCUUAUGGUCGUUAUGAUUUUAAUGCAACGGCCGAUGAUGAACUUAGUUUUCAAAAAGGAACUAUACUUAAAAUACUUAAUACUGAUGAAGACUUGAAUUGGUUUAAAGCAGAAUUUAAAGGACAAGAAGGAUAUAUACCAAAAAAUUAUAUUGAUAUGGUUCCUAGUCCUUGGUUUUAUGGUAAAAUUUCUCGUGCUGAAGCUGAAAAAAUUCUUCUUCAAAAUGACGGUAAUGCUCGUCGAAUUGGUCAACCUGAUGGUAUUUUUCUUGUACGUAUGUGCGAAUCAUCUCCAGGUGACUUUUCACUAUCUGUCAAAUAUCAAGAUCAAAUUCAACAUUUUAAAAUUUUACGUGAUGGUAUGGGUAAAUAUUUUUUAUGGGCUAUUAAAUUUGAUUCAAUUAAUGAAUUAAUUGAUUAUCAUCGUACAACAUCAGUUAAUCGUGGACAAAAUAUAUUACUUAAAGAUAUGAUAUCAUCAACACAAUCAGAACACAUAUCAUCACAUAAUACUAAAAAUCAACAACAUAAUAAUCAAUGGCAAGGACAGAAAACUCAAGGACAACAGCAACCAAUUUCACCUCUUGCCUCAUCAGCAAAUAAUCAAACUUUUAUAGCUGCUUAUGAUUUUCAACCACAGGAGGAAGGUGAAAUUGAAUUAAAACGUGGUGAUCGUAUUCGUAUGUUAGACCAAAGUGAUGUUAAUUGGUGGAAAGGUGAAGUUCGUGGUAAUGUUGGUCUUUUUCCUGCUACAUACGUGCGACCUUUAUAA